CUUUGAGGAAGGGCCACCUUUGGCCAUCCAUUCCCCCAAAACAUCCCCAAAGUAUAAAAAGACAGACUUCUCCUAACUGGAUACAAUUCAAGAACAGCCCAUCAGGGAACAACAAGCAUCACCACCUCAUCAAGACUAAGCUGAUGAGGCCAAGAUAACUCCUUCUUUACAACAAAGAAGAAAAGGUAACGCAAUAUUACACAUAUUUUUUGUAGGAUUUAAUUAUCCUGUUUCCAUGCAUUUCAUUUGUGAAGUGAUGUGGUGCAAGGAGAUGGUGUCCUCUUAUAUUGCUACAAAAUAAUUAUAUUCGUUUUAGAGGAAUAUUAUAUGAAAAUGCAAACAUAUAUGUACAAUAAAUCAUCCAGUUAUAGAAUUGUAUAUAUUUGUUUAAUUCAUAUUAUGCAGUCUCUAUUCAGGACCAUGGCUUCAUAAUGUACAUUGUUCUCUGAAUACAUGAGGAAAUUAAAAAUCAUACUUCAUUGUAACAACAUUAUAGAAUUGUGAUCCUACCAUUGAACAGAUAAAAAUGAAUCUCGGACAAUACGUUUUCUGACAAACACACAAUACCAGUCUUUUUGUAGUGUGUGGCUUAUUCGGCAACUGUACUAACCAGAAAGUUCAAACUGUCUAUUUCUUUAACUCAUAUACCUAGCCAACAUAUCCCUUUUCUAUCCUUCCAACUCUCGUCUAGUUCUCCAGUGACAUCCACUUCCAGCCAACAGAACCAACCAUGCCUCCUCAGCUGCAGUCCCAGAACAAGGCAGGCGUCCAGGUUGUCCAGGGGGACCUGGGGGCCCUGAGCCCGGCCGUCAGGGAGUUUGUGGAGACUAACAUCAACCUGUGUCAGCCCGAAUCACUGCACAUCUGUGAUGGCUCUGAAGAGGAGAACCACACAAUCCUGGCCCAACUGCAGGAGCAGGGCAUGAUCAAGAAACUGACCAAAUAUGAGAACUGGUAAGUCACCUCACCAUUCAGUUUCAGUGGAUGGAUGUCGUGUUGAGUUGGGGACCCUGAGAUAUUUGAAUGUUUCUGAUAACUGUUGUUGUGUAGUGUGCUGGUCUGAGCAUGAUGAAGAGGCAGACGAAGUUUAAGACCUGUUAUAAUAUUUAAGGGAUGUUGCAAAUGUUGCUCUAGUAUUAUAAUGGCAUAUGACCAAAUAUAAACAAGGAUAUGUAUUCUAAUAACUUAUGGGCUAAGCACUCCACAUAUAGUUAUAGCUACAGCCUCCAUUUCAAACUUGAAAAAACAAUGUGACAAUGGUGAGAGGUGGCCAUAUUAUGAGUCUUGAUCCAAUAGUCUUUUUUUUUUUCCUUCAGCUGGCUGGCCCGGACAGACCCCAGAGACGUGGCUCGCGUGGAGAGCAAGACGGUCAUUGUGACCAAGGAGCAGAAGGACACGGUUCCGUCUCCAAGAGUAGGUAGCAUCAGCCAGCUUGGGCGCUGGAUGUCUCAGGAGGAGUUGGACAAGGCUAUGGACCUGCGCUUCCCAGGCUGCAUGAAAGGUACAGUGGAAAAUCAACUGGGAUGUUUUGCUCUACUACUGGUACAUAGCAUUAUCUUCUCUUGUAUUUACAUGUUAAUGGUGUUUACCGAUUAUAGUAUUGGGAGCAUAUUUAUGUGAUGACUAUCUUUAGUUAUUUUUACACAAUGCUUUACCAGAAGGACAUACACUAACUGCACCAUCACCGUGAGUCCUAAAAUCACUUCUGUUCACUCCUCUUUAUUUUAGGUCGUACUAUGUACGUGAUCCCCUACAGCAUGGGGCCUGUGGGCUCCCCCCUGUCUAAGAUCGGAGUGGAGCUAACCGACUCUCCUUACGUGGUGGCCAGUAUGAGGGUGAUGACCCGCAUGGGCAAGGCUGUGCUGACCACAUUGGGAAACGGAGAGUUUGUGCGCUGCCUUCACUCUGUGGGCUGCCCCCUGCCACUCAAAAGUAAGUCAGGCACAAUGGUAUGCUUUCAACCUGUUUGGAAAACUCUGAAAACGAAGAAACUAGUUUUUCUGUUCAAUGCUGGUUAUAUUUAAACGUAAAAUUAAUGUAAGAAAAAGUUAUACAAUUAUGCCAAAAUAAAGUGAAUACCGUUAUCCAUUCAAAUCUAAGAUCUACCUAAAAGAGUCUCUCUCUCUCUCUCUCUCUCUCUCUCUCAGAGCCCCUGGUCAAUAACUGGCCAUGCAACCCGGAGCUCACCCUGAUCGCCCACAUUCCUGACCAUAGAACGAUUGUGUCCUUUGGCAGUGGCUACGGAGGGAACUCCCUGCUGGGAAAGAAAUGCUUUGCACUCCGCAUUGCCUCCCGCAUCGCCAUGGAGGAGGGCUGGCUGGCCGAACACAUGCUGGUAAGGGCAGAGUAACAAUAAACAUAAACCAAUAGGUGGACAGUGUACUGGGAGAACAGCUGAGGUGCACAAGUACAGUAUGGUUUCACUUGAUUGUUUUAAUUUCACAUAGCAAAAAAAUCUAUAAUUUGUCAGUUACUUCUGGAAUGGAAAUAUCAAAUGCACUAUUCUUUGUUGUUGUUCAGAUCCUGGGCAUUACCAACCAUGCUGGUCAGAAGAAGUACAUUGCAGCUGCCUUCCCCAGUGCCUGUGGCAAAACCAACCUGGCCAUGCUCAGUCCCACACUCCCCGGCUGGAAGGUGGAGUGUGUCGGGGACGACAUUGCCUGGAUGAAGUUCGACGACGAAGGCAACCUGAGAGCCAUUAACCCAGAGAACGGCUUUUUUGGCGUGGCACCUGGAACCUCAGCAAAGACCAACCCCAACGCCAUGGAAACCAUUUGCAAGAACACCGUCUUCACCAAUGUGGCCGAGACAAGCGAUGGUGGUGUCUACUGGGAGGGCAUGGACCAGAAACUCCCUGAGGGAGUCACGGUGACCUCCUGGAAGAACAACCCCUGGACACCUCAGGAUGGUAAGUUACCACAAGGCUGGCUGGUCCCCACAUGGCUGGUUCUUCAUAAAACACACUUCUUGAAACACACUUCCCUUGAUUUGCAUCCUGAUGUUUUUUCCGCUCUUGUUUCGUCUUCCCAUAGGUGAGCCCUGCGCACAUCCCAACUCCCGCUUCUGCACUCCAGCUAGUCAGUGUCCCAUCAUUGACCCCCAGUGGGAGUCCCCUGAGGGCGUCAUAAUUGAGGCAAUCAUUUUUGGGGGACGCAGACCUGAAGGUGUCCCCCUGGUUUACGAGGCCUUUAGCUGGCAACACGGCGUGUUUGUCGGAGCUGCCAUGAGAUCAGAAGCCACAGCUGCCGCAGAGCACCAAGGUAAGUCAAACUCCCUAGUGUAACCUGCUGCAUUGAUUACUAAAGCAACUUUUAGAAACCUAUGACAAGACAGCGGAAAUGACAUGGAGCUGAAUUGAAGAAUGAUAUUUACCAAACUCUUCUUCUUCCGAUCUGCUAGGCAAGGUGAUCAUGAAUGAUCCCUUCGCCAUGCGGCCCUUCUUCGGCUACAACUUCGGCCGCUACCUGUCCCACUGGCUGAGCAUGGCCGGGCGGCCCAACGCCAAGCUGCCCAAGAUCUUUCACGUCAACUGGUUCCGCAAGAGCCAGUCCGGCAGCUUCCUGUGGCCCGGCUUCGGGGACAACAUCCGCGUGCUGGAGUGGAUGUUCCGCAGGCUGGAUGGAGAAGCUGGAGCCAUGCCCUCCGCCGUGGGCUACCUGCCCUGCCAGGGCUCCCUGAACCUGGAGGGCCUGGGAGAGAACCAGGUGAACCUGGAGGAGCUGUUUGGUCUGUCUAAGGACUUCUGGCAAAAGGAGGUGGAGGAUAUCAGGGCCUACUUUGACAUCCAGGUCAACGACGAUCUUCCCAACGAGGUGACCAAGCAGCUAGAGUGUCUUGAGCACAGGGUGAGGCAGAUGUAGGGAGAGGUAGAGGGAGAUAAAGAGAAAUGUGGCACUUCUGAGCCCAAAGACCUUAGACCUCCACAGACUAGAGAUUAGUGAUCAUUCUAGAAUAUUUAACUGAGCUAGUUAACUAUUUUCAAAAGACACUUCAGAAAUCUGUUGUGGAGAGAACUUUAAUUUUCCUCAGUUGUUUUCUAAUUAUGGUGUAAAAUAGAAAUCCUCCUCUGUCAUAUUAGCAUCUUUACCUAGUGAAAAUAGAGGCGAAUUACACUUGAAUAAAAUAAGCAAUGAAUUUAAGAAUAUCUGGGAACAGUCUCUCGGUUUUCAAAGCAUAUAAUGAAGUCCAAACAACUGAUGUUUGUGUUAUUUAACAAUAACUUAUUAACGCACAAUAUCCAAAGCCAUAUGUUUAUAUGGUAAUUCCAUGUUGGUGCAGCUGGUUACAGGUGAACAUUGCUGUACCAUGGAUCCAACCAUCUACAUGUAUUCACCCCUACACAUCACAAAUGUGUGUAGGGCUUCACUGUGUCUGUUUUGUUAUGUCCUAAUUUAUUUUUGUACUUUAUUGUAUUGCCUUGUUGUUUCUUUGUUGUAAUCUGAAAUCUCAAAAGGAAGACAACAAUAAACUUUAUUUAAACUUUAAA